AUGGCUGCCAAGAAUACCUAUGGACACUCUUCUUCUUCCAAUUGGUGGAAGUAUGAUGUCUUCGUGAGUUUUUGCAGUCAAGACUCUGGUGAGAGCUUCGUUGCUCACCUCAUUAAUGAGUUGUUGCAGAAUGGGAUUCACAUCUUUAGAAACGAAGAGCUAAACAAAGGAAAGCAGAUCGUUUUACAACGUUUGGAAGCCAUCCAAGGUUCUAGGAUUGCCAUUGUCGUCUUCUCCGAGAAAUAUGCUUCUUCGAGUUUGUGCCUUCUUGAGCUGGUGGAGAUCCUCAAAUUUCACAAAGAAAAUGGCCGAAUAGAAACGGUUAUGCCUGUUUUCUACAAGUUGGAUCCAUCGGAUGUCAGGCAUCAACGUAACACUUAUGGUGAGGCAGUUAAGGGACACAAAAAGAUUUUACCCACCAAGAUGGUGGAACAGUGGACGACUGCUCUCAAUGAAGCUGCGAAUUUGUCAGGGUGGGAUCAAGCAAAUGUUGCAAAUGGGCAUGAGCCGGAGCUUACAAAGUUAAUUGUUGAAGAAGUGUUGAAAAAAGUGAAAUGGGUACUAUCGUAUUCUGUACAAUAUCCAAUUGGGUUAGAUUUCCACAUUGAGCGCAUAGGUUGUUUGCUAAAUGAUGGAUUGGAUACUGUUCGCAUCAUAGGGAUAUACGGUGUUGGUGGAAUAGGUAAGACAACUAUAGCAAAAGCCGUUUUUGGAGGCAUGUUUACAAAAUUUGAAGGUAGCAGCUUUCUUUAUGUAGGAGAGGAUUCAAGGCGUUAUAAAUGUUUACUUCCCUUACAAAAUCAGCUCUUGUCUGAUGUCUUCAGGAGAAUAGACAUAGACAUAGACUAUGAGGAUAAAGGAAUCAUUUUUAUCAAAGAACUUCUACGCACUAGAAGAGUUAUUAUUGUUCUUGAUGAUUUGUAUGAAAUGAAACAAUUCUAUAAGUUGGUUGGAGGGCGUGGUUGUUUGGGUCCGGGAAGUCGAAUCAUUGUAACAACUAAAGAUGAACAUUUACUAAAUAAAUUGGAUGUGGAUGAAAAAUAUAUUGUCAAGACAAUGAAUCAAAGUGAAUCCCUUCAACUUUUCAGUUGUUACGCCUUUGGACAAAAGCAUCCAUUAGAAGGCUAUGAGAAGCUCUCAAAUGAUUUAAUACAUUAUGCAGGGGGACUUCCAUCAGCUCUUGUGAUUUUGGGUUCUCUUCUAUGCAAAAGAAAAGAAACUGAGUGGGAAAUUCAAUUGAAGAAAUUAAGAGAGAUACUCAAUGAUCAGAUUUUUAAACAGCUUGAAAUAAGUUAUGAUAUAUUAGAUGAUUUCAGCCGGACCAUUUUCCUUGAUAUAUCAUGUUUUUUCAUUGGAAAGGACAAAAAAGUUGCAAUUAAAAUUCUAGAUGCUUGUGGUCUAGGUGGAGAAAUUGGAAUUAAACUUCUCACAGAAAGGUCUCUGGUUACAAUUAAUGAAGAUAACAGACUAUGUAUGCAUAAUCUCAUUCGAGACAUGGGAAGGGAAAUUGUUCGUAGACAGUCUCCUAAGAAGCCUGGAAAACGUAGCAGAUUGUGGGACUCUAGAGAGGCCCUUGAUAUACUGUUAAACCACACUUUGAAGGCCUUCAAUUAA